CCCAAACAUUUACUCUUGGGGAACCUCUCAAGUGAGACUUAACCGACUUCCAGAGACACAGCUUUUGGACCUUUUUUUCUUUGAACGACUGCACGAGAAGCUUUCUAAGGAAACAUGGUGGCGGCUGGCCUUCAGAUGUUGGGCAUUGCCCUGUGCAUUAUUGGCUGGAUUGGGAUCAUUGUUGUCUGCGCCCUGCCCCAAUGGAAAGUAACAGCUUUCAUCGGCCAGAACAUUGUGACUGCUCAAACCUCUUGGGAGGGCAUCUGGAUGAACUGUGUGGUCCAGAGCACAGGCCAGAUGCAGUGCAAGGUUUACGACUCAAUGCUGGCUCUUUCUCAGGACCUCCAGGCUGCCCGCGCCCUCACCAUCAUCGCUAUCCUCAUCGGCAUCAUUGCCAUCCUCUUGGCCAUCGCAGGGGGCAAAUGCACCAACUGCGUGGAGGAUGAGAGCUCCAAAUCCAAAAUUGGAGUGGCAGCCGGUGUGAUCUUCAUCAUUUCUGGUGUUUUGUGCCUCAUCCCUGUGUGCUGGACAGCACACUCUGUCAUAAGGGACUUCUACAAUCCAUUGCUGGCGAACUCUCAGAAAAACGAGCUUGGAGCUGCACUGUUCAUCGGCUGGGGAGCCUCAGCCCUCCUCAUCCUGGGUGGUGGAUUGCUCUGCGCCAACUGCCCUCCCAAGGAUAACUACUCUGCCAAGUACUCAGCUGCCCGUUCAGCUGGACCCAAAGACUACGUCUGAGGAGAGAGAAGAAAAAAUGUCAAUGUCAAGAGACUGAAAAAAAGAGACUUGAACUGAAUGCUUUAAGGUCCAUGAGAUUGAUUUGUAUUGCCACAGUAGGCCUGAUUUUAAUUCAAAGGGAUUUAAUUGUGCUCUCAGUUUGUUUUGAUGUUUUCAUGGUGAGUUAGAGCACUUCAGAAUCUGCUUCAUCAGCAGCAAGAUAAUGAGAUGUGCGCCACACCCAAAGCUGUUAGUGUGGACUGAGAAACAAAACGCUUGAUCAACAGGAGUGAGAAUAAAAGACAUACAGAAAGUGGAACAACAUUUAAGAUUGAUUAAUUGAAUUUGUAUUACUUUUACUUUUCAACCCUUUGUCACUUUUUACGUUAUCAUUUCAAUUUAAAAUAUGUGUUACUGUGACUGUCUGAAAUUGUAAAUAAAAAUUCUUUUUUAUUGACACAAAA